AUGGAUAGACUCAACGACUACCGAACGGCGCGGGUCGCUGAGGUCCUCGACGAGUUUCGAACUACACAAUAUUACAUAUCCGCAGUACCUUCAGACCCUCCUAACUCCGAAGAUUAUUACACUGAAGGCUGGGCCGCAUUGCGUCAAUGUUCCCUAGAUGGUCAACACAUCCUCAACUGCGCAGCAGACACCUCAGUGCCUCAAGCCACGGGCGGCGACGAAGAACAAGCUAAAGCAGAGUUAAAACAGUAUGAUACACCCCUUUCCUACAGAUCCAAUAUCGACCCCCAUCGCCACCGAGAAAAUACUGAUGAAGCAACUGGUAGGAUCCUCCUAGACGCUUACGCCCGUAGACACGAGGCCCAAAAGAUCUACCGCCGCCAGGAAGCGGCACAAAGAUGGAUCGAAAACAGAGAGAUGAUUCUCCAGGGCCAGCGGCCGGACAACUCGCACAGACGAGCCCUUAGAGCCUGUGAUGUCCAACUACGAACCGAUCUUUCCCAAAUUACGGAUAAUGCUAUCUAUCAAGAACUACAGGCCUCCGACAUGGCCAUGGGCCGCUGGACGGCCGAAGACCCGUCUCUUCGAACGGUGCAGCACUGGGUGCGGGGACGCCCGCAAUUAUCUUAA